AUGUCCACUACGGCCUCAGCUAGCGGCUCUCUCACCUCGAUCAGUGGUCACCCCGAGACGGCGCUUACGACCUCACGCAAUCACCUCGUGGCCAAGCACUUGGACCCUGUUUUUAUUAAAAAGCGCUCUUCACUCUCGAUCACCCAGCCUUCUGCUUCUCCAGCAUGCAGUCUUGAUCCUCUCUGCGGUAGACUCCCACCGGGGCGACUUCUUGAAUACUCGCCAAGCAAAGGCGAAACCGAGAAGGUACAUAAUUCACUACAGGGAAAUCGACACAAGGCCGCUCGCAAAAGGUACGAAGUGAGAAGGUACAAGAGCGCGGAAAUCGUGGACAGUGAGAGCGGGAACUUGGACGCAGACGCCAGUGAUGAUCAGCAUCAAGACCACGGAGAUCCUCCUACGACAUCGAAACGCGCUUCACACAGCACCUCCAACGUAGCCUCGAAAGGCGCUAGGCAGACUAAGAGCGGUAGAGCUUCUGUGACACCACACAAGAUGCAUAAUCGAUCUCGGAUGAAUUCGUUGACUUUCGCCGCCUCAAGCAGCCGCUCUACCAAAGAUAUGAGGAAGAGGCCCUUGACGCCUACAGCGCCUUUGGGUAUUCCAAAACGAUCCAAGAGUGGCCCGUUCAUUGUCGAUUCAAGCAGCGAGGAUGACGGAGACAGUGAUGAUGAUGAUGAUGAUGUUGAUGAUGACGACGACAAUGACGAAGGAGAUGGAUUCAGUUACAGUGCUCAUAUCUCUGUAACGUCAAAGCGUCCUGAGAGAAGCGGUACAGACAGGGUUGAAAAGCUGGACGACGUAGUCGGAAGUCUUUCGUCUCCAAAAGCCAGCUUUCAGCAGCAAGCUCCGAUUGGAGCACCUGUACGCCAGCUAACUGCACCGAAAGCUGCACCAAUACCCUAUUCAAGGGAAGGGCUGAACAGAGAACGGCUGAAGAUGAUGCUGGCAAGGAAGCGAGGCCCUGUUGAAGUGCAGAGUCCGACACAACAGAAAGCGCCGAUGUCGAUAGGAAGGGCAGGAGCUGAUCCACGAAGCCGACCAUGGAGCGGUCGCAGCUUUUCAGGAGACCAACGCACUGUGACCGAAGCGCAGAACAAAGCCGGCAGGAAUAUUUCGCCUUUUGCGAGAGCUCGACCAAAAGCGGACCAAGCUGUAUCCAGCAGCUCCCGAGAGAUACCGUCAAACCAGGUGCAAGACACGAAGCCAAGUUUGCUUUCCAAAACUACAGAAGUGCCUGCGAACAAAGCUUUCGAGCCCUCUCAGGCCAGUCGCGCCACUAUACAACAGCCACCUUCCCUUGAUGAUACAAAUCUCAAGCCAUAUGCACAGCCAGCUGCAUUAUCACGCCAACCAAAUUCUUCCACCCUACGAACAGCAAAUACUGCCCCAUCACAUGACGCAGCGAACAAAAGCUCUCUGUUGAAUAUUCUAGACACAGCAAAAGCCGGACAUGAUGCGGCGGCUGUUGAAUAUGACAAAAUUGGAAAGGAGUGGCAGAAGGCUAAGAUUGGACGGGUGCCGACAAAGUCAGCAAAGAGUGUGAAGAGACCUGAGGUCGGAGCGAGAUACGGGCAUACUUUGACAGCAGGGAAGACAAGUGAUGCAGAGAAGGUAAAUAUGGGAAUGGCGGAUAUGCGUGCUGUGCCAGCAGACGCAAAGGCCAUGCAAGUACCAGUAUCGAGAGGCCAGGCAUCUCUUAGGCAAUCUCGUCCAGGUUCACCGAGAGCUCAGGUGGAGACAUCGGCUUCAAGGCCUGUCCCGGCUUUCGGGAUUUCGCCAGUGGAUCGAACGUCGGCGGAAAAACUGCGUCGCCCUGCCCCGAAUGCAAGGCGAAGAUCGAUGAAUGCUCCUCCAAACCAGAACCCACUUCCGGCCACGUCCAGAAACGAAAUCCCCCCAGCUACGAUUUCUACUGCAGAGGGGCAGGGUAACUUUCGUGUUAACAACCAGACUCGGAUACCUCAUACGUCUUCGCCGAAGGAGCGAAUGCCUGUGCGAACUUUUGAAAAUUCCAAUAACUCUUCCGUGAGGGACACGGUGGACUCAGGUAAUUUCGCCAAGGGAACAGCUGCAAAUGCAACUUGGAGGAAGUCUGAGCAGUCAUUUUCAGAUGUUCGGGCAAGUACGUUCAGUGUGACCGACAUAGAACUUCCAGGACGUCAAUCACAAAAAUUGCCUACGAUGCAGCCUCAACUUUCACUUGCCUUUGCAGAUACCGGAUCUGUGAACAAAGCGCAAGUUCUAGUCAAACCGUCUGUAACGUCUGAGCGUGGUAUCAGCUCACUAUCGACACUGAAAACUCAUGCAAACAAUCAAAGACAGGACAACGAUGAAGCUAUGGAACUGUCGUACGAGAGCUCGACCGCUUUCCCGUCUGGAGCAUUGCAGCCAAUUUCUAUAAGCACCAAAUCUCGUCCCCAAAGACAAGUACCAGUAGCGGUGAUGGUUCGCCCUACACGCGAAGACGAUGCGAAGUCCCUCUCAGCUGGCAGCACGGUUGAGACGGGGUUAGAAGCGGUUGAGUUGUCGAAGAUACGUCUCGAAAGUCCAGAUACAUCUCUAUCCGACCACUCUGAAGCACAGUCCUCGACCAUGGAGUCCGAUGCUCAGGUGAGCACUUCCAUGCCAGCGAUGACCCAUCAACAUUCCACAAAUAUUGCAGACAAUGCAGCCUCGGAUGCACCUGACAGGAAGGGUCCCAGUGCCGACCGUCAAGGUUCGGUCAGAUUUGAAGUCAUUACCCAGACGCCUUUGCCUGCACACGUAGCUGAUAUCGCUCUGGAAAAGCAGUCCGCAGAGGUCUUGGAACCGGUCGUGAGCCAAUCAACACAGUCCGUCGAAAUCGUACAUGAAGAACCAACACUGCCAGUCGCAUCCUUCCAAGAGACCUCACAGACUGCGUUGAUACCUCUUCGUCCACUGAAUCCAGUUUCUGCAGAAGAGAUGGCUCGUUUGAUAGCUUCUGCCACGCUGCUAUCGCCACGACCAGCCACGAACUCCUCAUCGCUACAAACUCUUCCAGUCUCGGACGCAUUAUGGAAGCCUCAGCUCGCUCCGACUAUUGCCACCGUCUCGACACCUGCUUCUGCAUCUUCCGCUGCGACAUGUCCAGGGAUAAUCAGCCUCCAAACCCCCAUUACUCCACACACCGCAGAACCGUAUUUUGAGUACACUAUUCACCAGAUUCUCUCAUCAUCAGGAUCAGAAUAUAUCACGACGGAGAUCUCGGCACAGCCCUUCCUUUCCGCUGACGCCGCCAACGCGCAGACAGAACUGCUUUUCCAGAACGCCCAACAGCAGUACAAGUACCUGGACAUGCUGUGUAAAUCAACAACGACUACCGUCACCGAUCACGGACUGGUAGUAUGCGAAGGCAAAUUCACCAACAUCGAGAACCCAAGCGCAACACUCACACUCAAGAUAUGGGUCGCGCAGAACGUAGUAGGAGUCCACGGCUCUCUGUCCUCUCUCUCACAUCCUCAACAGCCCCUUCUCCUUUCUCGAAGCGUAUACGCACUCCGACUAUGGCGCCUCCUCGACGUCCCACCCAGUGCCUCUUCCUCCUCCUCCGCUUCCGCUUCUGACUCCGAUUCCGACGCCUCCACCACCAACGAGCCCAGUCAGUGUAAACCCCGCGUCCGCACCUAUCACCCCCUCCCCUCGAUAGCCACCGAACUGCACACCACCCUCGCAGCAGCGAACCGCGCUGCGAAACGCGUCCAGCUCGCACUCAGCCAUGAGCCAGCCCCGACAAAAUCCAUGCAAAAACAAUGGCAGACCCAGAACCUACGGGCGCUGAAUCGAAAACUCGAGGGUUUGGGACAGGAAGUCGACGAUGACGACGAAGGGCGGGAGGGAGGUGGUGGUGGUGCUCCGCAUAAUGUAGGAGGAAGCAGAACGCCAAAUCUCUUCGAAUACGCAGCAGGCCGGCGUCGUGGGUGCUGGCGUAGCGUGUUUAACGGGUGUGAACUCGGUGCUGAUGCAUUCGAGCUGCUGGUGGUAAGGACCGGGAUCUCAGGACCGCGGAACCUUUAA